AGUCAAAAUAGCAUCUUUUUUAGCAUAUUCUGCCCUUUAACACGAUAUUCAAGGCUUUGGUAUCCGAUACGUUGCGGCUUUCUUCAUCAUUAUUGAUAUGAAGAUGGCCCGUAACCUCGGUGGAACAAACUAGAGUGGAGAAAACACUCCUGAAAGAUUAAGAACCAAGGGAAAGGCCAUGGGUUUAGGUUUCACCAGCUUUCCCCCUCUGUUCUUUCUGUUACUUGUUGUUGGGUGCACUGCAAGACCUCUAUAUCCACUUCCAAGUAAAAUCAGUAAUGGCGAGAGACAGCCUCUACAAACAUCUCGACCGUAUAACAUUGCUCACCGAGGUUCAAAUGGAGAGUUUCCUGAAGAAACUGCUGCUGCAUACUUGAGAGCUAUUGAAGAGGGCACAGACUUCAUAGAAACAGACAUUCUUUCUUCAAAAGAUGGUGUUCUUAUAUGCAGCCAUGACGUUAUUCUUGAUGACACCACUGACAUUGCGAAUCACAAGGAGUUUGCAAAUCGUAAAACAACCUAUGAGGUUCAAGGGGUCAACACCACCGGCUUUUUCGUUGUUGAUUUCACACUGCAAGAACUGAAGACAUUAAGAGUGAAUCAGAGGUACAAAUUCCGGGAUCAACAAUACAACGGAAAAUUUUCGAUUAUUACAUUUGAAGAGUACAUUUCAAUUGCAUUGGAUGCGCCAAGAGUUGUUGGAAUAUACCCAGAGAUAAAAAAUCCAGUAUUUAUCAAUCAGCAUGUGAAAUGGCACGAUGGUAAGAAAUUUGAGGACAAGUUUGUGGAUACACUUAAGAAGUAUGGAUACCACGGUUCGUAUUUGUCAAAAGAUUGGUUGAAGCAACCUGCAUUUAUCCAAUCCUUUGCUCCAACUUCACUUGUAUAUGUAUCAAAUCUAACAGACUUGCCCAAAAUCUUCUUGAUUGAUGAUAUCACCACUCUAACUGAAGACACUAAACAGACAUACUGGGACAUCACUUCCGAUGCUUAUCUUGACUAUAUUAAGGAAUAUGUUGUGGGCAUCGGACCUUGGAAGGAUACUGUAGUUCCUUUGAUAAAUAAUUAUUUGCAGACUCCAACUGAUCUUGUCGCCAAAGCACAUGCCCGUGACUUACAGGUGCACCCGUACACUUUCAGGAAUGAAAACAUUUUCUUACACUUUGAUUUUCAUCAAGAUCCGUAUCAAGAGUACAACUACUGGUUUAACAAAAUCGGAGUUGACGGACUCUUCACAGACUUCACCGGCAGUGUUCAUCUUUACCAGGAAUGGGCAUCUCCACUCUCUAAAGAUGAAGGAGAUGAUGAUGAAGCCAAAGCAUCGAAAUUGCUACAUCAAAUUAAGUCGUUGCUCUCUUCGUAAGGGUUAAUAAUUUAGGGUUAAAAAAAGAAAAAAAAAAUGUAUAUAAACCCUAGCAUCAUUGAAGCAAAAUGAUAUUAAUAAAUUUUUAGGUACGAGAUUUAUGUAUUCAGUCUUAGAUAUAUUGAAAUGCUAUCAAGGACAAACGAUGAAAUAAAAGAUGUUACGUUUAACCU